UUCGGUGCAGACGGUGGACCUGGUGGCGGACUGUCCUUUGCAGGUGGUGACACCGUCGUCUAGGUCGCCGUCACCGCCGAGAUCGCCGACGCCCUCGACGCCCCUCGCACCGCCGAGGAGCAUGGGUCAACGGCCAAGCACCUUGUUGCGCCCCAAGAUCUCUUUGACCUGGGUCCUACGAGGGCAACAGCAGUCUGCCUCCAACAACAAUCAUUCGGCCGCCAAUGGAAACGCAGGUGGUGGGAACGGCGAUCGGGAGGGCUUGUCGCGUGACAGCAAGGAAAGGUCCUCGAGGAGGAGCGUGAAAAGCGUGAAGGAGAAAGAUGGCGGCAAGGAGAACGUCGACGGGGAGAAACGAGAGAAGAAGGUCCCGCACAGAAUAGAAAAGAUCGAGAGAACGGAGAAGGUGGAAGUUCAGGAAAAGCCUAUCGGCAAAGAGGUGUUGGCGAACGAGAGACCGCUGGACAGUCCCCUGGACAAGCAGUCCGAGAAGGAAUUUUCAGGUCUGAAGGAAGCGAAGGAGAAGGAGAAAGUUAAGAGGGCAGUGUCCGAACCGUCUCUCGUUUCCCGGGAGUCAACGUCCACGCCUAACGGUCGAGAGAAGCACAGACAUCGAAGAACGAAACGUUCGCACAAGCCUAGGCCACCGAGCAGAUUCGGCUACGAGAUCGCGGAUCUUGACGCAUUUCUCACAAAGGCCUCGAUAGAGAAACCCGCGAAUAUUCCUGUGGUCCUUUCUUUCCCAUCCGUCCUGUAUCAGACUCAAGGUGGUACUCAAGACGAGAUGGCUCUCCCUCUUGGCACAGUCGUGAACGCUGUCUUCAAGAAUCAAACCUGGUUGUACGUUCAAACGCCACACGGUCAAGAAGGCUACGUUGGAUACGCAGCUUGCUUACCAUUGGGGAUAUUACCACAGCCAACCAGAGGUCCGUGCUGGGAAGACUCUACGGACGUAUUUCCUCGUCCUCUAGGUAACAUGACCGACACGGAGAAGCUGAGGGACACCCGAUCAGAGUGCGGAGCUCGAGGCAGAAAUCCAAGGGUAAGGCGAGGUUCUAGGGACGCGGUGUCAGCCUGUGGGGAACGCAGCGUCGACAGACUGUACCUUAGGGCCGCUGCAAACGCUAGAACCAAAGGAUCCCGUCACACUUUGCUCGUCAUACGUAAUGACUACGAAGGCCAGGGUGGGAACGCUCUGAGCGUGUCCAAGGGUGAUGUUGUAGCUCUGCUCAGUGAUCACGUCAGUGACUGGUUCUGGGUUCGUUCACGAGACGGUAGAGAAGGUUUCAUUCCAGCGGUGAUCGCGGGUCAUGGAUUCCUUUGA